AUGGCAGAGGAGGAAGGCACUGGAGAGCUCUCCAUCUCCCUCCGCCCCUUCGAAAUCGAGGACGCCGACGACGUCAUGGCGUGGAAGGGAGACCCUCGAGUGGCGGCAUUCUGCCGGUGGCACCCUUACACCUCCUGCGACGAGGCGGUUGCCUUCAUCCAGGACUUCGCCAUCCACCACGAGUGGUGUCGCGCCAUCUGCGUCCCCGGCCGGCCGGUCGAAUGCAUCUCCGUCACGAUAAUGAUCAUGCCUGGUGCCAAGGGCGUGGCCACCUCCGCUGUGAGGCUGGCUGUUCCGGCUGUCUUUCGGGAAUUUUCGGGUAUGGAGCGUGUCGAGGCGAUGGUCAUCCCGGAAGAUAAGCGACCGAUCAGGGUAUUGGAGAAAUGUGGAUUUCUCAGGGAGGGGAUCCUCAGAAAGUACGUGGUUGGAAAGGACAGGCUCUUGGAUUUGGUCAUGUUUAGUGUUCUUUCUAAGAAAUUCAACCAUGACCAACCUCACAUAAACCUUCCUUGUUUUUCUGUGUAA